CAUCCGUCAUUGUUCAGCCGGCUUUUCCCACUUUGAACGAGGGUUUGUGGCAUCAGGAAGUUAAAAGGAGUCAGGAGGGGGGAAAGGGGGAGUGUUUCUUUUAAAAAGAGAGUGAGAUUGGAGAGGAGGACACAGGCACUCCAAACCCUGUCUGUGCUUGGUAUAUUAGGCAGCCAGUGCUCUUGGCUGGGAGCCCAGACGAGGCUUUUGUAAUCAAAACAUGAUCUUGUAUGCUGUGCAACCAGUGCUGAGAAAGGCCGUCUGAUGGCUCUCCUCUUUUAGCUCUGCUCUGGAAUCCGCCGGGCUCCGCCGCCGAUGUCCAACAUGCACCGAGCUGAUGCUGCUGUGGAUGAUGCUGUGUUAAGGAAGAAAGAGCAGAAAGAUGUUGAACUUGAUAAGAAAAUCUUGGCUUUGCGGAAAAAGAAUGAAGCACUGAUACGAAGGUACCAGGAAAUAGAAGAGGACAAAAAACGAGCAGAACAGGAGGGAAUGGCUGUUACUUCCAGGAGGCCCAAGCAGGAGGGACUCACUAUUACCAUCACCAAAGCUCACAACGACCUGAAAGAUGCAAUUACCCAGACUGAACACUAUGGACAAGAUAGCCCAGCCCUCUCGAUGGACAAAAGGGUGGUGAGUGAGAAAUGGGGAAGCCCCUGUCCUACAAGCCCUGGGUUCGGCAUUGGCAGUGAGGAAGAGGAAGAGGAGGAGGAAGCAGAUCAUAUGUUCACAUUCAGGAUGGGGAAAAGGAUGCAGCUGGCUGUUACCAUGGACAACAAAGCAAAGGGCAAGAGGAUCGUCAGUGAGAAACGCGCCGAGAGCUUCCCUGGCCCAGGCCGAGUGCCGGACCUGAGCGAGGAGGAGAUGGACCAUUUGGUGGCUUUCCGACGGGGAAGGAGGAUGCAGAUUGCCAUUACCAUGGAUAACAAGGAAAAGGGAGAAGAGCGGAGAACAGCAGAGAAGAGGAGAUCAGACAGUGACAGAGGCCCAGAAACUGAGCACAGCAGGAAGGAUGGUGGGAAGCCAGUCCAGAAGUGCCCUGGAGACCUGAGUUUCCCCAUGACUGGUCGGGAGCGCUCGGAGUACAUCCGCUGGAAGAGGGAGCGAGAGCAGAUUGACCUGGAGCGCCUGGCACGUCACAAGAAUGCCAAGGGCGAGUGGCGACGGGCUUGGGAUGUAGAGAAGACAGAGCACAUGUUUGAAGAGGACUUUGUUAAGGAUGGGGAGCCAGCCUUGGAUAAUCCCAGCAAUAAGAAAGGGGGGAGGAAUGCAAGGAAAUUCCAGCACAGGUCCUUUCCUUCGGACGGGAGAGGUGGAGGGCAUCAUGGAGUGAAUGUGAGCGACCCUGGUCCGAAAGCAGUGCCUGCUGUGAGCAGCCGAGCCAAGGGGAAGGACAGACUGACAGGCAGAGCCAGAAGAUGGGAUGCAAAAGAAGGCGAGGACAUGUCUCUUCUGAAGGAUGACCUUGAUGGCCAGAGGAGCCUUGGUAUGGACAGGCAGAAGAGCAGAGGUGACGAAGGGGUGGAAGAGAACUGCACAGCUGAGCUGGAGGAAAAGGGGAAACAGCCAAGCCUCCAGCAUCACGGAGCCUCCUCCUCACAGAGGCUGCGAAGUGGGAAGGUCCAGCCUGCCCAGAAUGGCCAGAAGGAGGAGCAGAGGAGAGCAAGGGGCUGCAGCACAGAGGUGUCUGUGGCCAGCACUGGGGACUCAGAGCCAGGGCCCAAACCAAGCAAGGAAAGUGUUGGGGAGGAUGCCAACGGGAAUCCAGGCACUGCUGACAUCUCCCAGGAGAAGGAGUGCACUGACAGCACUGCUUCAGAGAGCAGCCUUCAGAGCACUGUGCAAGGCACCAGGCCUGACAGUGAGGAGACCUUGUCACUGCCCAUGGGAGCAAAUGGAAAUGGAGCUGGAUUGGAGAUACAGCCAGCUUCGGAACAGGAGUCCUCUGAGAACUCUUCCAACAGCCAUGGAGGAAAGCUCGACACAGAAGCAGGAGACAGACUGGAUGCAGAUCAAGGACAGCUGGUGUGCAAAGGAGGGGAAGAAGUGACCCAAACCACUGCUCUUGAGGAACACGCACUUGCACUGAAAGGAAGUGAAGAUGCUGAAGGCACUGAACACCACGAGCCUUCACCCCCAGGGAAAGCCAGCUCUGACAAGACUGUGCCUGAGCAGGACACGGCAAAAUCCCAGUCUGGGGAAGGGGACCAGCCUGAGGACUGCAAGGACAAGGACAGUGGGGACACUCACAACUAGCAGAUUGCACCAGCUUGCCUGAGACAUAAGGAUAACGUGCUGGAGGCGGUGGAGGAGAAGAGGAGCACAAGCUUGUCCUCACUCUUUUACCUUCUAUGAAAUCAGCUUUCAGCACCUGCCCAGUGCCCUUCAGCAACAUUCACAACACGUGGGGUCCCCAUCACCACCCCCACCCACAGUUCUGGCAUCCCCCUUCCCUAUCCGUGUGUCAAAGGACAGGGAAGGGUGCACACACUCCCACCCUACAGAGAAAAACACCAUCACUUAUCUAUUUGUUUGGCAUAUAUUGCAGCUGCGUGGCAAGCCAAGGAAAUGUCUACUGGAUGCACUUUAUUUUAUUUAAUGACUAAUUCUUUUUUAACUUAUGGCUUGGGUUUCUGGG